UUCUUAGGGCUUUGCUAAAUUGUUGAGGCUGGUUUUGAACUUGGGAUCCUCCUGUCUCAGCCUCCCUACUUCCUGGGAUUAUAGUCAUGCACCAUUGCACCCAGCCAAAUUUAAAGAUCUUAAUUGGUGUUAUUUGCAAAUGAUCCUAGAAUCCAGCAACACAUCUUUCUAUAAAAUAGAAUGAGUGUUCUGAUGAGCUAAGCAGGAGAAGUUGUUUGUUUGUUUUCCCUCUUUUUGUUUUGAGACAGUUUCUCCAUGUUGCCCAAGCUGGUUUCAAACUUCUGAGCUCAAAUAAUCGCCCCACUUUAGCCUCCAGGCUGGAACUAGAGGCCUGUACCACCAUAGCCAGUGGAUUAGAGGUUAGUUUAAUAGGCAGAAAAGUACUGAAGAAAGCAGAAACAGGACAAAAAAACAGAUUAGUUUCAAGUUACCAAGGUUAAAAUGGAGGGACUUCCAUAUCAUCCUGACUCAGAUAAACUGGGCCCGUUUGGAUUAAUUGCUAUGAAUCUCAUGGUGAUUUUUUGUUGUUGUUUGCUUUUUUGUUUUGUUUUUGACAACUGAUUGUUUCAGAGUUCAGUUUGAUCACGUGGCACCUAACACAAGUGACUACAUUCUGGUUUGGUCUGAUCUGCUGAGGCCUAGUGCAAGGAGGCUAAUCCAAAAUGAUGGGCUCCUAUAAAUUUUAUUUAACACUCUCUUUCCUAUGUUUGAGUCCACAGGACUCUGGAAGAAUGAGGUCUUCUCUGAUGCCUUUGGGGCCCCCUGUGAGCCGGGACCGCAUCAUCACCAACUUUCCUAAGUGGUACACACCUGAUGCCUGCCUGCAGCUCAAGGAGCACUUCCACGGGCAAGUGAGCGCAGCCUGCCAGCGCAGGAACACCGGGACUGUUGGGCUCAAACUCUCCAAGGUGGUGGUUGUUGGUGACCUCUAUGUGGGAAAGACCAGUCUCAUCCACAGGUUUUGCAAGAAUGUUUUUGACCGAGACUACAAGGCUACCAUUGGGGUAGACUUUGAAAUUGAACGAUUUGAGAUUGCUGGGAUUCCCUACAGCCUCCAGAUCUGGGACACAGCCGGACAGGAGAAGUUCAAGUGCAUUGCAUCUGCCUAUUACCGAGGUGCCCAGGUGAUCAUCACAGCCUUUGACCUCACUGAUGUACAGACUCUGGAGCAUACCAGGCAGUGGCUGGAGGAUGCACUAAGGGAGAAUGAGGCAGGCUCCUGCUUCAUCUUCCUCGUGGGAACCAAAAAGGACCUUCUGUCAGUAGCAGCAUGUGAACAAACUGAACUGGAGGCUGUGCACCUGGCCAAUGAGAUGCAGGCUGAGUACUGGUCAGUGUCAUCCAAGACUGGAGAGAAUGUGAAGGCAUUCUUCAGCCGCGUCGCUGCCUUAGCAUUUGAGCAGUCAGUACUGCAGGAUCUGGAGAAGAGAAAUGGCACUCGGCCCCAGGUUGGCGAUGGAGACCUCAUCCGAAUGGAGGGGAGCUCACUGGAGACCCAGGAGAACAAGAGGCCCUCCAGCCUGAGCUGCUGUUAGCUUGGGCAAGCAUCAGAGGCCUCCGCUCCUUGGGUGCAUGGGCAGCAGCUCCUGUGACGAUGGAGAGGUGACGCGGAGCUUGAACUCUGCAGUGUGUCUCCCCUCUAGGUGUAGAGGGCUUGCAUUCCCAAGGAUCAGCCAUUUUUCUGGCAGGUCAGGAGCCACUGACUGCCAGAGCACUCCACACUGCCUACCAAGGGGCAUCAUGCCUGCCUGUGGGUAUUUCAGUGAGCUCCUUAAAUGGCCAGUCUUAGGGUCAUCAGAAAGUCAUCUGUGGCCUUGAGAAGCCUCAGGGCUACAAGCUCAGGACACUCCUGCAUUGUCUUACAUCUUUCACCCAUGGCCCACAUCAGCAGUCAACUCUGGCACUCUUUCCAAAGAUCUUAGAUGUGGCUUCAGAAUCCUUCUCAUUACAAUGUUCCAGGUGACCAGAAUUUGUCAAGGAGAAAACCUAUUUGCCAUCCUACCAGGGAGUUUUCUAUUAUCAAUGGGACAUGAAGUUCCAGGCUUGGAACUCCAGGCCUCACUGUGCACUGUUCCUCUGCCACAGACUUCCGGGUUCCUUGGGCAGCCCUGCUCCUCUCAAAGGCAAUGGACAAUAAAGUCUCUCAGGUUCCUCCCUAGUACCUCCGAGAUUCCCAUGGUCCUGCCCUCCAGGUCAUUGGGCAACAAUGGACAGAACAAGCUGCUCACACAUCUGGCCCAUCUAGAGGAUGAAUUUCCUUUGCCAUACUGUGAGAUGAAGGACUUCAUGGCCACUCCUUGGAUAACUCACUUCUUAUCCCGUGAACUUUAUUCUGCCCUGCUCUGGCACUCACGGUGACCACCGUUGCCUUCCUGCCUCUCUCUCUCCCAUUGGCCGUAUAUCUGCAGGACUUUUGUGAUCUGACCACUACUCAUCUAUAGAGGACUUAAGAGACUCUCCAGAGUCUGGCAUGUUCCUGACUCCACCAUUUCCUCUUGCAAACCCAGAGUAAGCAGGAACACCCCCAGCUCUCUGCCCAGAGUACAUGCCCUUCUCUGUGCCCCUCCUUUUGCUCCUCCAUGGGGUCCUUCCUGACCCUCUUCACUGCUAUUAACUUUCCCACCCUCCCCCAUGCCACUCAUCUCUGCCCUCUGCUGGUACAUCCAAUAUCCCUGUCUGCUGCCUGUAGAUGGUGAGCAUUUUGUAGGCAGCUGUGCUGGUCAGCACCCCUUAGUGCCUGGCACACCUCAUGUGCCCAGUAAAUGUUAAUUGACUAAUAAUAAUUACCAAACAUCAAAAUUAUAAUGAACAAUGGCAUAUUUUUUCUGUUCAUUACCUCUUUACCUUUUUCCCAGUUUCUCUCUCUACAUAUGUAUGAUAUAUAAAACAUAUAUAUAUAUAAACACUUCUUUAUAUAAAUUGCAUUUGAAGAAAUUGUGUGCUUACUGUAAAAAAAAAAAAAAAGCAAAACAGUACAAAGCAUAUGAAAUACAGACUUAAAGCCCCACCUCAGGUUGGCUGCACUCCUGAAAUGAGUCUGGAUAACAGUUAUUACUAUUCCUUCUGAGCUAUGUUCUCUUGUGUGCAAACCAUGUUUGGUGGCUGGUUUGUUGUUUCUCAGCAUGACCUUGUGCUGUGCUCCCUGUCUGGCAGGCUGCCUUCCUAAUGGCCUGCCUGGAGUCCUCUCACUGUAGGUGCACACUGAGCCUCCUGUCCUUUCAGCAGCUAAAUUUUCUUUGGUGUGGACAGAUCAAAGUUCAUUUUAUCAGCCCACAAUUUGUGUCCAUAUUUGCUUUAAGCAGUGGUGCUAUAGUGACCAUCUUGUAGUUAAAGCUUUGCAUACUCCAGAUUCCCAAAAGCAGUCUUGCUGGGCCCUUCUCUGAACUGUGGCCCUUGACCUGGUCCACUAGAUGUAGUUUGAUGGGAAUAGGGGAGCAUGCCACACUGGGGGUGCCUUAGGGAGGACCAGUUUUGCUGGGUGCAGCAGAAAGCUUCACAGGAUGGGAGUGGAUGGCCUAGGUGGGCUGUCUUUCUCCACAGCUUCCUCCUCUGGCCCCUUCAGGCCCCAGUGGGGGAAGGGGCAAUAUGGUAUCCUACUGUUACCAACUCCUGAGCUAGAAGCAUAAUGUCUCUUGUAUACCCACACUUCCAUAAAUGGUCCUUUAUUAAACUGCCCUUGUAUUUCCUACUCUGGUGUGCCAGCUGAUUCCUGUGGACCCUGAAUGACAGUAAUGGUCUCUCCAAUUUCAAUAUUUGGCCUGGGAGGAUGGGAGACUAAGUUCCCCAGGGAAAUGAAAUUAAAACAGUGUUGUCUUCA